AUGAUCACCGCGAACUCGGACAACGUGUGCAAAUACUCGUACAAGAAGUGUAUGAACCCCCGCACAACCAAACGAAACGGCACACUGCACUCGCUUUGCGAGUUUCAUCGGGUCAAGGCCAACACACUCCAGCAGAUCUACGCCAAGAAGAAGAAGGACGCGGCGCUCAUGCUGGAAGGACCGACCGCCGACGGCAACAUGGACGACCUGCAGACCCUUCCGUGGCCGAUGGACUUUGACUUUUCCAAACCCCAUAUCAUGACCGAGGAAGACUGCCGGAUCCUGCAGGAAUUGCUGUGA